AUGGGCCUCGAAGCGGUUCCGUGUCUGUUCACCAGGCCGGAGGAGCCGGCCCGAGGGAAACAAUGCUUCGGAUACUUGAUUCGCGAAAAGCCCGCUGAUGUCUCUGAGGUAACUCCCAUGUUGUCUGUCGUGUUUGAAGAUGGUUUUUCGAGAGUUCAGCUCAUUUAUAAUCAGCUUCAUUCAGUUGAAAAUGAGAAAAUUUUUCAAGUUUGCUAUAAUCGUUUGAAAAUUCAAAGCGAACUUGGCUUAUCUAAUUGGGGACUUCUAUUCGCUUCCAAAACUCUCAGAAUUCUGCAAAUAGUACUUGGGAAUUUCAGAGUGGUCACUAUAGGGGUUAGGGGGGAAAACAACCCCAAAAGGGGUCCCUAUAGGGGUAAAAUUAAGGUGGUCCCUCCUUAGCCCCUAAGGCUCAAGUGGACCCUAGAGGGGUUUUUCAGUUCCAUUUAAAACGCUUUAUUUAGUUUUCCCGAUGGAAAUGCUUUUUCGCUUAGAGCUCAUAGCAAUUUUCGACUAGCAUGUCCCCUAGAGGGGCCACCAACUGAAAGGGAUCACUUUUGCAAGCUUUAGUGGCCCCAUAGAGGUUGUUAAAGUGAGCUCUAAAGGCAACCCUCCAACGGCUCCUAUAGGGACCACUCUGAAGUUCCUAAGGAAGAUCUACUGAGGUUCUUUCGCAUUUUCGCAAAUAUUUCGGUAAUCCUGAAGCUUCUGAGAAAAUUUCAGAUUCCUUUCCAUGUGACUUAGAAACCGGUUUCAAAGAGAAAAGCUGAAACUUCUGGGGCUGAAUUUUCAUGAACUUGUUGUUUUGCUCGCCUUUUCUCCGUUUCGAUACCUCGAUUGCACAGCCAUCUGCCGCGUCACUCCAUGUUUUCAUUUUUGUUUUUCUUUCUUUAACCUGCCGGAUGGCCCUCACGUGACUGUUCCCUCAUAACUCUUUCCUAAUUCAUUGGGUUUUUGGUAUGUCUGCAUGUCCUUUUUUGUAUACUUAUUUGGGAUUUCCAAGUAUGAGUAGGGGAGAAGGAUAAUCAACUAAUCAACAAUUUAUCAAGUUAAAAAUUUUUUUGAACUUUCUUUCAUGAAAAGUUUAAAGUUUGCAAACGAAAAAUUUUUUUAAAUUAGGAGAGAAAUUCACACUGCUUGUUUAUGCCCUUUGGUGUCCUACUUAGGAAUUUUAGAGUGGUCUCUAUAGGGGUUAGGGAGAAGAAGAGCCUCUACAAGGGUUGGUAAAGUGGUCCCUACAGGGGUCGUUCAUUUUUUUUCAAAAAAGGUAAUUUUCCUAGUUUUUCUCAUGGUAGUGCUUCUUCGAAUAGAGCUCUCAGAAAUUAUCGAGUAGCAUGUGCCCUAUAGGGACCACUUUUGCAAGCUUUAGUGGCGUCUAUAGGGGCUGCUGAAGAAGCUCUUAGAGGGACCCUUCAAGGGCCUUUAAGGUUGCCCCUAUAGGGACCACUCGAGAGUUAAUAAGCAAGAUAUAUUUGGUUCUUUCGCAUGUUUGCAAACAUCUCGGUAAUCCUGAAGCUUUCGUGUAAUUUGAUCAUCUCUUAUCAUUUUGUGUUUUGGUAGCAACUGCCUAGGGUUCAAUUUUAAGUUCAUCUGCCACCGGAAAGAUCCGCUUAACAGCUUGUGUGUUGCUAAUAGAUUUACCUCAGUUGUCAAUUUAGUGCUGAGAAGCGCUUCGGAUAUCAGUUUUUGCGUUUUACAGACCCCGUCGACUUCUGGGACGCCAUCCUAUCGGAUUCUUCCGUCGACGUCGAAGCCCCUCAUGGUGGGCGGCGACACCAGCGCGCCAAAGGUUUCUUUUUCCACUUUAGCAGAAAACAAUAUAAGUUUUGUAGGUUCUGCUGCCUGCCGGGAAAAUGAAACUGUCGGCGGCGGAGGCGAAUGGCGUCGCGAUGUCUGCGGCGCCGAGCCAGUGGCCCAACGGCGUCGUUCCCAAGGUUCGAACUUUCCAGCUUCCGGCGCGUUUCUCUUUUUCCAUAAGAAGUCGUGUCGAGUGUCAUUUUGAGCGAAAAAUUUAGUUAUUUUGCUAUUUUUCAUCAAUUCAAAGCAAUUAUUUAGUUGUUUUAGGCAGAUGUUAUUGACUAGGCGGUGAACAAGAACUUUGAAAUCCGCAUUUGGCAAGCUAAAAGUCGAAACAUGUAGUUGAUCAAGUUGAAAGCAUGGUCUUAUGGUCUUCUGCGCGUAGUUCCUUCAGUUAAGCUCAGAAUGUAGCGGAUCUUGUGCUAGAGCCCGUUCUCCAGGUGGAAGGCUCAGAAUUUUAUUAAAUCAAACUUAGGAGUUUUCAUAAAAAGUUCGUACGAGUGUUAUUCUGAACAGAAAGUUUAUUUAUUUGACCAUUUUUUUUAAAUCAAUUUUUCAAACUAGUAUAACGGUUAAAAAAAUCGUUAAAAUGAGACGCUUAUACGACCUUGCAAGAAGUUUAAGAGAAAAAAACAAAAAAAUUUUUUUCGAAUCCUCCUCUCAAAUCCUUCCUUUUUUUUGACAAGUUGUUGCCUACUAUCAUCCCUUCAACAACCUGAUAAUUAUAAUUUUGAAGAUCAUAUCAAUAAAUGGACAAAUCGCGUCGAACGGACCCAACAUCUCUUCGCCGACUCCUUCACAGGUUUUUUAUAUUUUCUUUCAUUCCAAUUUUUCUAAUCGAUAUGAAUUUAUAAGCUGAAAUUCGUGUAGUUUUAGAGAUUAUGUAGGAAAUCUAACUUGGAAAGAGACGUUCGGUUUUUUUUCGACUUUUGAAGAAAUCAGUGAGGCGAUUUAUGAUUGGCAAAAUGAGUUUAGAAAUUUUCUUGAUGUGAGAAUUGUUCUUCCAAUGAGAUUAAAUUUUAGUUUUGCAGAUGAUUUUUUGCUAUGUUUUGAUAAGCUUUAUUAGAUUUUCACAUUAUUAAAGUUUUCGAUAAGAGGUUAGGCCAAUCUACCAGUUUCUACAUAAAAUUUUAACGUGGCUCUUUUUUAUUUGAUAAAAUUGGUACUGUAGGUUUAGUUUUCUGUUUCUGGGUGAGCUUUCUUAUAAACUGGUUCACCCAUUAAUUUCGAAAUCAGUAACUGAAAAAUGAAUUUUAAAAUGUGUAAUGUUGAUAAUAUUUCUUAUAUAUACCGAGCAAAAAUUAUUAGAAAACGCUCUUGAGGACUUUCAUAGCUUAAGGAACUGCAUAGGCAAAGUCGGAAAGUGUGGAAAAAGUUUCAUAAAAAUGUUCUUUUUAAGAUGACAAAGGCUCAAUUUUGCUGCCUUUUUGCGCCAUUUUAUCGGCUCUUUCGCACCAUUUUUGCUGCUUAUCCCUUUUCCACCAUUUCUUAAGCCUUUUAAUUUCCUCAAAAAAUGGGAGGCUCGAUAAAGGGACUUUUCUGCAGCCUUUUUUGAGCCACUCCCUUUUAACGACCAUUAUCCACCAUUCCGACUUUGCCCGAGUGGUUUUUCUUGAUGGUUACAAGUUUCAUGUGGCUUCUUUCUGUCCAUUCACCUACGAGAGGAAGCUUUUGUGAAGGAGAUAUAAUAUAAUAAUCUAAGAAUCAUUUGAAUGUUGGUUAUCCUUUAAAACAUUUUUACUGUUUCUUCUCACGAAACUUAUUUUUCUUUAUCCUAACUUGAGUUUCAGCCGAGAAGCGCGUCGGUCUGCUCGUCGUCUUCUGUCAACGAAACGUCGCCCAUGUCUCCUUCACCCAUGGUUCUCCAUCGACAGGUGCGUAAUAUUCGAUAGAAAAGACAUUUUACCUUUAAAAAUCUCCUAAUCUUGUUAAUUCCAGGAGCGCAGAAACGGGCCUUCCAUGACGAUGCCCAACUUCGGCUCUUGUAUCCCGCCUCCUGGAACAACGUGGGUCGUCUCCACGGCUCCUGGAUCUUCCGGAAUGACGUCGAACGGCCACUUCCUGAUGAGCGACUCUUCGACGACGCCCGAUUCGGGAAUCCAGUCCGUGCCGACGUCGCCUCCCAACAGCAAUACUUCCAUCGUUGGCGUCAGUUCUGAGAAUAUUCUCUUUGAUCGCUCAUCUUGGUCUCAAAAAACGACAAACUAAGUUUUCGGGAAGAGCUGUAAGAAAGGGAAUGACCAUUUUACACAGGUUAUCCUGAGAAUUAACUAUAACAAGAAUGAGUGUGUAAACCGCAGUAAGCCUCGAAAAAAGUUAGCUUUUCUUUGAUUUUUUCGGAGUACCCCGCGUUCGACCUGGCUGGCGUGUACUCCUGGGGCAACCAAUCGAAAAAAAAGCCUUCUUUGAGCUACCUUAUUAACAACUUAGGAUAAACCUGUUGAAAAUGGUGAUAUUGGAAAACAAACCACUUCGCAAUCAUGUACGGAAUAAGUUCCUUAAUAGACCUUUAAAGAUAAACGAAGGACACCCCUGGUUACACUGCGGGGUGCACCGCAACUAUUGUUGGAAUGUGUUUUUUUUUUAGCGUAUUUACGUUUUAUUUUUCAUGAGCAGUAGGAGAGUGAGCCACGUUUAAAAAAAUGAGAUGGUUCUGAGACACUUUUUUGAUUCUCGCAUACCAUUUCUCUUCCUUUUCACUUUUCAUUUCAUCUUCAUUGUGGGCGAAGAAAGUUACUUUUUGCAGAUGGAGACGUGUUACUCGGUGUGUGAAGAGAAGGAGUUCGAAGACUACGCGGAUAUGCCGCGGCUGCUGCCGGCGGACCAGGAGGACGAGGAGGAACAGUCGGCGACGUGAGUGGGACUUCUUAACCACAGAAAGAAACUCUGUGUUUUGAGGGUACCUCCACCGCUGCUUCUGAGCCGAGAAGACGGCGCCUCUCACGGCUCAGAAUGCGAAACGGCCGCCGCCCCUUCCAUCUCCAUUUCACCCUCGAUGCCUUCUGAUGAGAUCGUCAACCGGUUACUCGCUCUCGACCCGGAAAAGGUAUUCUUUUUUCGUUUCUUUUAAAAAAUUGAUUUACUUGAAUUAUUUUAUCUCUUAUGGUAGUUUUAAGUUCGUAGUGAAAAUUUGACAUUUUUAUAGAGAUCUUUUGAUGAAUUUAGUCUAUAAUAUUGAACGUUUUCAUAUUUAAAAUUGAUCCAUUUAGGCAAAAAAAUCGCCAAUACUUCCUCCUAAGUAUUUUGAAUUUAAAGUCAUUUACAUAACAAUGGAUGUCUUUUUACUUUAUGAAUUUCCUGAAAAUUGGCCAGAACCCUUCUUGUUGUACCAAAUGAAGAUCAUGAACGUCUCAACCAGCACAACUUCCUAGUUUUCGAGAAAGUAGGGCCUAGAGUCUCAAAAUAGCCUAUUUUUAUGGGUUUUGAGGUUUCUAUUUGACCUUGAGGAAGUUGUGCAGGUUGGGACUUCUAGAACCUUCUUUUGGUACAUGAAGAAGGGUUCUGGCUAAAUCUCAGGAAAUCCCCAACCGCAAAGUACAAUUACCUCUCUUGUGAGGUUAAAAUCUGUUUUUCUUUUUGCCAGAAAUAGCCUCCCUGAGAUAUUAUUUUUAUUCGCUUUUAUGGUCCUUUUUUUAAAGUCAACCCCUCUUACUGAACGAGAGGAUUUAUUUAUUUAUUUUUUUAUUUCACUCAGAAUUGAAAAUAUAAAAUAUUUGAAAAGGAAGUAUUUGAGUGAGUUCUCCACUUGCCCGUGUAUGCUUUUAAUUCGAGAAAACUACGAAACCUAGUGAUUUUAAAUGAAAAAAAACGUAGAGAUUGAAAGUCGUCCAUCUAAAUAUUAAAAAAAAAUUUUUCAGUCAACCAACCUUUUUUAAGUUUGAAUGAUUCAGUUAACAUAGGCAAAGUCGGAAAGGGGGGAAAAGCUCCAUUGAAUUUCUCCUUUUAAGUGAAAAGGGUUCCUUUUUUGCUCCCUUUUUGCGCCAUUUAAUAGGCUGUUAUGUACCAUUUUUGCGGUCUCUCCUUUUUUCCAUCAUUCCUUGAGCCCCCCAGAAAAAUGGAAGGCUUGAUAAUGGGACUCUUUUUGGUGCCUUUUUGCUGCCCUUUUGGCGGCUAUUCCGACUUUGCCGCAGAAGGCUGAUUCAUAUCAAACGAUAGUGUGUUCUUUAUCUAAAUUAUCCUUCCUAUUGGAAUGAAUUCCAGGCGUCGGCAAUUGCUGCUCUGAUCAAGAAAAAGACACAACGAAAACGACGCAGCGGAACGAACGAAAAGAAUGACGAUUCAGUCAGUUGCACUUCUAACGUUCCUGUUAGAAAUAAACGUUUUCCAGCCGCCGAGGUCGUCUCCCAAGGCGAAGAAGGCUCGAACCCAACCUCCGUCCCUGCGGAAAAACACGAAAAGCUCGGCGACGACCGACCAGGAAGACGUCGUUGUGCUCCAAGAGACGUCCGACCAGACGGCCGACCUUCAGAAUACUCUGGUCGUCCUCCUGAGCGACGACGUGUCGCCUGCCGAGGACGAGAAGCCCAGCUGUUCCACCGCUAACGUACGUUUUGCUUCUGAUUUUGUUUUUAAUUAGUUUGAGCUUUUUUUUCUUGUUCCUUGGAGUCGAAACCAGAGUUUACAUUUUUAAAUGCAUCAUAUUUGAAAAAAAAUCCUUUGAGAUAGUUUUUUCUGAACGUAAAAAUGACCCCUGCUAUUUUUGAAUCCUUCUCAGAUGGCUUCUUUUCCGAAAGUAUUUCAAAGCGUAUUUACUUAUUAUAUUAUAUUUUUUUCAUUUAUUUACGUAUUUUGGUCGUCCCUUUUUUUCGUCCUAAUAUCCAUUCGUAACACAACAACUUUUUUUAAAUCUUUAUAUUUUUUUCAAUCAAAAAAAGUACAGAUUAGCAAUGUACGGUCUCUGUUGGUUUGGCUAUUUGGAGAAUUUUGAGAUGAGCUGGUAACAUUUUAAAGCAAAUUUUUGAUUGUUAGAGCUAAAUUCUUCUUUUUUCUAAUUUUUCAAAAAUAUAAAUUUUUUUCAAUUUUUUCCUCUUUCCUUAUCAAUUCGUUAUCUUGUCUAAUUAUACUCGAGAACCGCCUGAAAUUCAAAAACAACGUUUUUUUCCUUUUCUCCUAAAUGCCCUUUAUGCUUCUAAAGUUUUUCUUGAUAUUCCCGGGAAACUAGAAAUGAUUUUUUUUUCGGAUCAAGAAGAGAAAAAGGUUUUGUAGACCCUUGUUUUAGGCACCAUGCUUUUUCAAAAAAAUUAUUUUGAAAAAGCUAUUUUCGUAAUAGAAAAUUUUGCUGUUGCCUCACUUUUCCUAAAACUUUUUUCGAAUGUUUCAAAUCUUUUCAGGUCGAACCACUUUUCGAAGAACCAGUGGUUGAAGAGAUAGAAGAAGAAACGAAGCAAGAGAGGAACAGGAAGCGGAAAUCGUCGAAGCCGAUACAGGAAUCUCAAAAAGACGACGAGGAAAUCGAGGAAGAAGAAAAUGAAGAACAGGUCGCCGUGCAGUAUCGUUUGGCUGUGCAGAAGAGUUUGGAAAAUGCGGUUCGUUUUUUUUUUCUGAUUUUAUGGUCAAAAAAAGAUACCUUGUCAUUUUGUAUUUUCCUUGUACUCUACUCGGGUAAAUUCGGAAAAAAGGCCUCACAAAGGCAGCAAAAAGGUCGCAGAAAGAACGCAAAAAGGCACCAAAAAGGCAGCAAAAAGAGUCAAACCAUUUAUUCUGCGAUUUUAAAAGCUCAAGAAAUGAUGGAAAACGGGAGAGGCAGCAAAAUUCGUGCAUAAGAGCCGAUAAAAUGGCCUAAAAAUGCGGCAAAAAGGAGCCUUUUUCACUCUAAAAAGAAAAUUUUUAUCAGCCUUUUUUGAGCCUUUCCGACGUUGCCCGUAGAGCAAUUUUUGCUUACGCCGUUUUUUUUUCUUUUUUUGUAAAAAAAUAUUUUUUCAGCUGAUGAGAGAAGUGGAAUUGUGCAUCACCGACAUGCAAGCUCUGAAUCUCGGUCCCAUCACUAAAAAUCCUCGGUAAGUUUCCGAAAAUCAACUUUUAGUACUGUUUGGGAACUUUUAAGAGACAAGAAAACUUCGUGGCUCUAUCAAUUAGAUCAGCUCAAAAAGCGAUGGGCGAAGGUGAAACACAGCGGCGGCGGAGGAAAACUCAGAGAAGAAAAACAAAGAAUCGAGAAGCUCCAGCAGGAUCUGGCGGCAGAAAAGGAAGUUUCCGGAGACGUCAAGUGCCGAAAAUCCAAAAAGCCGACGAGGAAAGUCGAAAAGAAGCCGAUGAAACCGGCGAAGAAAGAGCCGCCGAAGACAACCAAGCGGGGGUUCGUUUCAAUGUUCAUUAGAGGGAACCUUUACUCGAAUCUCUGCAGACGCAUUCUUGUGAAGCCGUCGAUGACGUCAGCCAGUCCGAGCUCGACGCAUUCUGGCGAUUUCUCCGCCGAGUUCCAUGGACCCGUCAAGAACCCGACCGACGAGUUUGAAGAAAUUCCUAGAAGUCGGUUUUUAAGAGUUUGAAGGAUGUUUUUGCUACUCCGUUAGAAAAUAAGCCAUGGAUCCCACCCCCGGGUGGAUAAAUCGCGGCCUACUUAGAAACUCCAGAGUCUUCCCUAUAGGGGCAAUCUUAGAGGCCCCCUCUAAAGACCACUUUGCCGAUCCUUAUAGGGUACAUGCUAGUCGAUAAUUUUCAUGUAUCCUAUGCGAAGAAUGACCCUAAAGCCCUAUUGGGAGCACCUUGAUUUUACCCCUUAGUAACCUUUUUUCGGACCCUUUAGGGUUUUUUCCCCCUGACCCUUAUAAGGGCCACUCUGGAAUUUUUGAACACCCCCGAAAAGUGCGGCCUAUUUCAGUACAUUUUUGAAUAUUUUUUUCGCGCGUAAAAGUAUGUUUGGAUGGUAAAUUAGUCCUACCUACACCGGAUGUCAAAGAAACAGGGAAAUGUUUGAGGCGUGGCCUGCGACGAGACGGAAGUGCCGCAAGGCUGGGAGGCGCCGUCGCUGCAAUGCGGCUGCACCCGCGGGGCCUGCACCUCGGACGCCGAAUGCGUCAACCGCGCCCUCCGCAUUCGCUGCAGUUCCAACUGUUCGGUUCAGCUAUGUGCCAAUAAGGUAUGUAUUUAUGGAGGAUAGACACAAGCUAGGUUUCCAAAAAAAAAAAGAAACUUAUGCCGUGUUCAAUUUGAUUCCGCGAAAUGCAAAAUACCCGUUAGAGAAAGGAAAAGAUCACUAAAUUUUGGAGAGUCAGAGAUCAUUCUGCAUUUCGCGGAAUCAAAUUGAACACUAAAAACUAAAAAUAAAAGUAUUUAAGAAUAAGCCAAAAAAUAUUUAAAUUCUUUUGAAAAUCAACUUCAUCUGACUUGUCUCGAAGUGAAAACGUUCAGGUUCUCAGGCAAAAAACGUACCAGAAGUUCAUUUUUACUUCCAGAAGUUCUGGCGAGAGGACACGUCGAGACUGAUGGUGUCCUACAACGCGGCCAAUCAGAGAGUCUUGCGAACGCGACAUUCGCGUCACGCCGGCGAAUUCCUUUGCGAAUUCGUCGGCGAGGUGAUAACCUACGCGGAAGCACGAAGACGUGCCGCCGCCUUCGCUGACGACGAACAUACCUCGCGGAUCCUUUGCCUCAACUCGCGGCUUUUCAUCGACGCCUCGCACAAAUCCUCCAUCUCUCGUUACAUCCGCCACUCGUGUCGUCCCAAUUCCCGUCUUGAAGUUUGGUCAGUUCCCUUCGAAAGCCUCUUCGAAAAUAUUCCAUUUUCAGGGCCUCCAAUGGAAGGUACCGCGCCGGAAUCUUCUCACUUUUCGAGAUCGCUUCCGGCUCUGAAAUCACGAUCGACAAAAACAACUUGCUGGUCGCACCUGUGAAUUGCUCCUGCGAGUCGGGCAUCUGUUGCAGGCGAAUCAGUGCUGCUCGAUACCCGGUAUGUAGAAGAUCACGGCGUUUUUGUUAGUGGAAAACUAAAAAUGAAGGUGGCGGAGUCAAAACCGCCGCCGUUCCCAUGUGACGUCAUGAUAAACAAGCGUAAACAAUAAGUAUUAUUAAAGGCGCAUGUUCAAUGAGUCAUGAGACGAAUCGAUUUCUCAUUUAAACGGCAUUUUUCUGUUGCCGUGUUCAAAGGGUUUCCGCGAAAUUCGAAGUAGCCGUCAGAGAGUGAAAAAUAUAACUGAACUCCUGAAUUUCAGAGAUAAUAUUGAAUUUCGCGAAAAUUCCUUUGAACACGGCAUGUGCGAAAGCGCCGCAGUGCAUGCACACGAUACACUAAACUUUACGCGGAAAAUGGGCGAGCCGUCGUCAAAAAACUCCGUGAAGAACCUUAAAAGUUUAACGAAUAUACGUUUGCAGAUGGUGGCAGCGGAUGAAAACGACAUGAGCCGACAGGAGGAGCGAGUGGCUCGCCAAAGAAAAGUUCUCCUGAUGCGCAAUCGCCGGAGAGUCGUCGAAGGGGCUCAGCGAACAGGCAAGUCUUCUUCCGACGUCUUCUGACUUUCUGACCAUUUUCAGGUCUGCCUGCGAGUUGGGCGUGUCCGGUUACUGGCUUGAACAACGGAGAACUUCCCGCUCUGAGAAAACUUUUCGACGCAGUCGCUUAUAGGUUUUUUUUUGUUCGAAGAAUUAUGUUAAUCUCCGCAUGAAGGUGUCAGACAGAGUUUUUUUUUCAUAGUUAAAAUAUGUUCAUUAAAACGUCCACCAGGCUGAAAAAUUGUUUUAUCCUUUUCUUCCGUCUAUAUAAUAUUUUUAGUACUCCUCAAAAAAAAAAGCAAAAUUUAAGAGCUCACCUUUCUCCGUAAUGACAGAUGCUCACAUCAGAUAACUUUCUGCUUCAUGUUAAAAUAUGAAAAUGUUCAUUGGCAGGAUCCGAAGAGUUGACGGCUCAUUCCCGUUUCACGCCAUCAAAGGCUACAAUGCUCUGCGAAAGUUCCUGUCGAACAUUCCCGUUUCUCCGACGGAUGCCUUGGAAACCUACGACAAUCUGAUGCGUGCCUGGCUUGAUGCCGUCGACGAUGACGACGUCGAAACUUCCUUUGUGUGAGUUUUUUGUCUUGCGUCUAGGGAAUCGAUCGAAAAUACGAUUUUGGAAAUUUCCCGAAAAAAAAGGGGCUACUAAAGCUUGCAAGAGAGUCCAUAUAGGGCUUAUGGUUAGUGGUCCCUAUAGGGGACAUGCCUAGUCGAUAAUUGUUAUGAGCUCUAAGCGAAGAAGCAUUUUCAUGAGAUAAACUGAACAAAUAAGCGUUUUUGAAUGAAACAGAAAGAUCCCUAUAGGGUCCACUUGAGCUUUAGGGGCUAUGGGGUCAGUUCCUGAGUUCCUAGGGACCACUUUUUCGGCCGAUAUAGGGUUGUUUUCCUUCCUAACCCCUAUAGAGACCACUGGCAUUUUUAAGAAUGCUUGUGUCCAGCGUAAAAUUUUUUUUAUUUGAUAUUCUUGCUUGCAAACUUUUAUUCUACUCUACUUUUCAAGUGAUUAUGAAAUAACUAUUUUUAUCACUGUUUUUAAAAAGGGUUCUCCAAUGAAGAUUUUGAGAGAACUUCUUUUUUGAACUCGACAGACUUUUUUUCAGAGCUCUGCGGUCGAAAGUGAUUGAAGUCGAGCUGCCGGCUGCACAGUCCGACGCCGUUGCUGCAGAUGCUCACAAUAAGAAGACGCCGUCGAAAAGACCUUCGCUGACGUCUUCCACGACGACUUCCCUCGUCCCGGCCCCCGGUUCCGUCCGCGUUAUCAGCAAACAGACGGACUUGGCCUAUCUCCAUUCAGAUCACCCGGUUUGAAACUACCCUCUUGAUCCUUAUAACAAGGACUUUUUUCAGGUUGGCAGUUACGAUCCGGAUGAAGUCUGGCCGCGAGAGAAAGCCGAAGUCGCAGAUAAUGCUGUUAGAUUUUUUUUUUCAUUUUCAAGUUAUAAUUUUUCGUCCGUCUUAAUUUUUUUGGUCAUCGGCCUUCGUCCCGUCCUUAGUUCUGGAUUUCUCAUAUUGUUGUAAACGCUUCAUUCAAUAAUUUAGAGCUUAGCGGUCUUAGGAACUCCAGAGUGGUCUCUAUAGGGACCAUUAACCCCUAUAGUGGUCACUAAAUCUUGCAAGAGAGUCCAUAUAAGGGUUAUAGUUAGUGGCCCCUAUAGGGGACACGCUAGGGAUAAUUGUUAUGAACUCCAUAGGAAAAAACUGAAUAGAUAAGCGUUUUUGAAUGAAGUUGAGAGACCCCUAUAGGGUCCACUUAGCUUUAGGGGCCAGAUCUUAAACCCCUAUAGGGACCACCAAAACGUUACCUUUAUAUGGAACACUUUUUUGGCCCCUAUGGGAUCACUCUGAAAUUCCUAAGAUGAUAGGAAUUGAAAAUUUCUCAAAACGGGGUUAAGAUUCUUGUUACGGGAAAAUUGAAAAAAAAAACUCAAAAGAUUGUACAAUUGAAUAAUGUUUUUGUUUCAUGUCGUUCUUAUUUUCCUUUUCAAUAGGCUUAAUAACUUUUAACAUUCUUGUAAAUUUCAAAGGUACGGUUGACAGUGUUGUCGGGGACCGUAAUUAAAGUAUGAGUGAAUUUCAAAAAUUAUCAUGGCGAUCGGGCAAGCUAAUCGGGGGGGAAUGUCAUUAACAAGGGCUUGUUGAAGGUUCGCUGCAUUUGUGGGUCUCUGGAGGAGGACGGCGACAUGUUGCAAUGCGACACCUGCCAUUUCUGGCUCCACAUCGACUGCGUCGGCGGCGAAGUUAACCUCGAAGACGUUAGAUUUGACAUUCAUUUGAAACCAGGGAGAAAAUUGUCAUUUUCAAUUUGUCCACUAACUCAUAUCAACUCAAAUUAUCUAAAACGCAAUAGAAGAGGGUGAAUAAUUUAAAUCGCUCUUCUUUUUUAUUUGUUUAACUUCAAAAUAAUGUCUGUUGAAAGUUUUGGCUUAUAAAUUACAUGCGGGCUGGUUUUCUGAACGUACAAAGGCAAAAAGCCGUUUCUAGUGAUAUUUUUGAGAAGUUCUACUCAUUUAACCACGUCAACAAGGACUUCUAAGCAGAAUAGUUACAAGAAAAAGAGAUCAAGAGCAAAUUUUUUUGAUGUCAAACGAAUUUUUGCGAACUCGGACAUCGGUAACGCGAAACGAACAUGCUCCGGACGUUUCUGAGCACUUCUAGGUGUCACUUAAGAGUUCUGAUGCUACUAAAGUGGUCACUAGAAAUGCCCCGACACGUCCGGUUCGCGUCACCAUGUCCGAGAAGAGUAAGAAUUACAGCUCUUCAAAAAAGUCUCUUUGCAGGACUACACGUGUCAGUUCUGCAACAACUCGAUCCCCGUAGGCGGUCCCUCGACCGACGUCAGACUCCGCGUCCAGCCGACAGUUCGCUUCGAUCAAUGCGUCUACUACCGCGCCCUCAUGAAUCGACGGCCUCUGCAGGUCCGCCUCAACGAGACCGUCUUCGUGAAAAAAGUCCUUGACGAUGAGGUUGGAAUAAAUCCUCACGACGCUUCAAAUGUUAGCCCCUUUCAGCACAAGAAAAUCCUGCGGAAACUCGUCGAAAUCAGUGACCACAAAAAGAAGAAAGGAGGCGACGUCAAAAGAGAAGAGACCAAGUGUAAAGCCAUCCCGAAAGCUGAGGACUCGCCUCUCCCGCGCGAAACUUUUAACAGAGAGGUUCCUUUUUUAAUUCAAAAACUUAGGAAGGCUUUAAAAUUCAGCAAAUGACUUAUUUGAUAGAAUUCUACCUGUUGGGAGCUUACUUAGGAACUCCAGAGUGGUCCCUAUAGGGGCCCUUGGAGGGUCCCCUCAAUGGAGCACUUUACCAACCCUUAUAGGAUCCACUGAAGCUUGCAAAAGCGGUCCCUAUAGAAGUUUUAGGUAGUGGCCCCUUUAGAGUCGAUAAUUUUUAUGAGCUCUAUGCGAAGGAACAUUGAAAAAACUUUUAAAAAAUUGAAAGACCCCUUUAGAGACCACUCGAGCUUUUGAGGCUAACGGGUCAGGCCCUCAAUCCCUCUAGGGACCACCUUGAUUUUACCCCUACAGGGACCACUUUUUCGGUUCCUCUAGAAGCUCUUUUUUCCUCCUAGCUCCUAUAGGGAACUCUCUAAAAUUCCUGAGUACCGCUUUAUCUUCGCGAAUCCCAAGAAAAUUCGCUUCAAAAAUUUUGCUUCGUUUUGAAGAAGUCUCAUUAAUUUUUAAUGGGUUUUGUUGAUAUCUAUUCAGUAAUUUUCUGUCAAUUUUAUAAGAAAAUUCCGAAACUGAAUUAUUUUUUUUUCCUUUUAAAAAUCUCAUGUUUGCAGGACUUGCGUAUUUUCCGUGUUGAGCGAAUUUUCACGGCUCCCGGCAACAAUCGUUUCGUCUUCGGAUUCUACUACGCUUGGCCACACGAAACUUUCUGUGACUCGCAGAGAUUCUUCCACCCAAAUGAAGUGAGAAACAAAGGAUUUCACGGGAUUCUAAGGAUUCUUCCAGGUUUUCGCGACACCGCUGUACGACACGCUGCCCCUGGACGCGGUCGUCGGCCGCUGCGUCGUUCUGGAGCCCAGCGCCUACUGCUCCGGUCGGCCCAUCGUCCCGCUUUUCAAGGUUUCUUUACCCACUCAAUUGAAAAAAAAAAUGGAAAGAAAUUUCCAAAUUUUCUGAUCGUUUUUUUUAAAUAAUGAUACAUAGCAAACUAAGAAAAAUUGAGUGGUAAAAAUAAUCAAAUAAAAAAAAUGCAGUAGAAUAACGAGCAACGGGAAUUAAUCCACCCUAAUGAGUAGACUCUGACCCGGAUUAUAGCUCAUUCCGCGUUAGCUUGUCACUUUUUUAUUCCAAAAUUUCGCCGCGGUCGAAAUCUCAAUAAGAACGUCUAUCAUAAGCAAAGUCGGAAAGGUUAAAAAAAGCUUCAAAGAAAUUUCCCUUUAGGGUGCCAAAGGCUCCUUUUUUGCGCCAUUUCAUCGGCUUUUACGCACCAUUUUUGCUGCCUCUUCCUUUUUCCACCAUUUCUUGAGCCUUUGAUAUUCUAAAAAAAUAAAUGGCUCCAUAAAGGAACUCUGUUUGCUGCCUUUUUGCGGCUUUUUUUGAGCCUCUUCCUUUUAGCCGCCACUUUCCCCGAGAUGAUAUGACAUUGCUAUAAAAGUUGCCGAAGUUUUUUCCCAUCUUUCUACUCAUCGAGUAAUCUCAGGAAGAGGACGUCUACAUAUGCGAGUACCAGAUUGACCGUAGCCAACGGAGCUUCGAGAAAAUCCCCUCUAAGAACCGCUAUCCAAUCAACACGCAGCCCUACGUCUUCGAAAAGUUCGACAGGCCUCGUGCCUUGAAACGAGACUUUACGGUAGCCUUUUCGUCGGUCGAACGAACUUCAUUUUCAUUUUUGCAGCCCUUUGUUGUAACUGAUCGCUCAGUGACGUCAUCGUCGGGAAGGUCGUCGACGAAGCUGAACAUCUCGCCGAACGUCGACUCUCGUAGAUUCGACAGAAAUAAGAAAAACGUAAUAUCAUUUUCAUUUUAAGGUAAAUUAAAGUUUUUGCAGGCUAUUCGAAACUUGGGAAACAUCAUCGAGAAGCUCAAGACCAAUCCUUAA